GUCAUCAUAGCGAGACCGCAGAAGUGUUCCUGUAUCUGUCUAAAAUGAUACGCCGUCCGAAUGUCUAGAAUAAUAAAAUUUGAUAAGUGAAGUGCCAUUGAAGGAAGUUUCCAGUUUCUCUGUUCCUCCAAUGGUAAUCAUUUUAUGGGGUAAAUGUUGGAUCCGACAACACUGCCACCAAACACAUGUUCAAUGUAGUACAUCAGCAUAAAAACCGGUUCUCUCUGCGCUCAGCAGCUCAUUCAGCUUCAAUCGAGCCAUUCAACACGUAGUGAAAGUGAAAAAUCGUGAACAGAAAUAAGCAACCGCUUGAAAAGAACAGUAUGGAAUACAAAAUCACCUCGCCUGCCGCCCUACGGGAGGCCCUGGUCGUUCCGGACAAACUCCUGAUGGGUCCAGGACCAUCGAACGCCCCCCAACGGGUGCUGGAUGCACUGAGUCGACCCAUUCUGGGACAUCUCCACCCGGAGACCUUGAAAAUCAUGGACGACGUUAAGGAAGGUGUCCGGUAUCUGUUCCAGACCAACAACGCAGCUACCUUCUGUCUGAGUGCGUCCGGUCACGGCGGUAUGGAGGCGACUUUGUGCAAUCUACUGGAAGACGGUGAUGUGAUACUGAUCGGUCACACCGGUCACUGGGGUGACCGGGCUGGUGAUAUGGCUACCCGUUAUGGGGCUGACGUGAGGUUCGUCAAAUCGAAAAUGGGCCAAUCACUUAGCUUGGAGGAAAUUCGCGGUGCACUGUCCCUGCACAAACCGUCGGUACUGUUUCUGACGCAGGGAGACUCUUCAACGGGGGUUCUGCAAGGUCUGCAAGGUGUUGGUGCGUUGUGCCGGGAGCACAACUGUCUGCUGAUCGUCGACACCGUUGCCUCGUUGGGUGGUGUGCCGAUGUUUAUGGAUCAGUGGGAAAUUGAUGCCAUCUAUACUGGGUCGCAGAAGGUACUCGGGGCACCACCUGGCAUAACUCCGAUGUCGUUCGGGCAGAGAGCGGUUGAACGCUACAAGCGCCGCAACACCAAGGUCAAGGUGUACUACUGGGACCUGAUGCUAGUCGGCGACUAUUGGAGCUGCUUCGGUAGACCACGCAUUUAUCAUCAUACAAUUUCCUGCACCCUACUGUACGGCCUACGGGAAGCGCUGGCGAUGGCAUGUGAGGAAGGUCUGCCGGCACUGAUCGCCCGCCAUCAGGACUGUGCCAAGCGAUUGUACCGCGGUUUAGAAUCGGCCGGAUUUGAACUGUACGCCGAGCCGAAGGAUCGUCUGGCGACGGUUACGACCAUCAAGGUGCCACCGGGUAUCGACUGGAUGAAGGUUUCGCAGUAUGCGAUGAAGAAUUACUUGGUCGAAAUUAGCGGUGGUUUAGGACCAACAGCCGGUCAGGUGUUUAGAAUUGGACUGAUGGGCCAGAAUGCGACAACCGAACGGGUGGAUCGUGUGCUGCAGGUGUUUAAUGAAUCGGUGCAAGCCGCGAAACGCGAAGUUAAGGUCCUGGGUAAAAUUUGAAACGGUUGAAUCUGAUACUUUUUUCAUUCCUAUGUAAAUAAACAAUGAUUCUGUACAUUGUAAA